AUGGCUGCUUCAAUCUCAGCAACCAUCACGGCUGUUAACAGAGCACCGUUGAAGUUAAACGGCUCAGGUGCUGCAUCUUCCUAUCCAAGCUCUGCCUUCUUAGGCAUCAGCCUGAAGAAGGCCACCUCCAAGAUCACGCACCCAAAGAUUUCAUCUGGGAAUUUCAAGGUUUCUGCAGAAUAUGAUGAGGAAAAGCAGACCUCAAAAGACAGGUGGGGAGGGCUUGCCUUUGACACUUCAGAUGACCAGCAGGACAUCACCAGAGGAAAGGGCAUGGUGGACACCCUCUUCCAAGCCCCUAUGGGUAGCGGGACCCACUAUGCAGUCAUGAGCUCCUAUGAUUACAUCAGCACUGGUCUUCGCCAAUUGGACAACAUUAUGGAUGGCUACUACAUUGCUCCAGCUUUCAUGGACAAAGUUGUUGUUCACAUUACUAAGAACUUUUUGAACCUGCCAAACAUUAAGGUUCCUCUUAUUUUGGGUGUAUGGGGAGGCAAAGGUCAAGGAAAGUCAUUCCAAUGUGAGCUUGUCUUUGCCAAAAUGGGAAUCAACCCUAUUAUGAUGAGUGCUGGAGAAUUGGAAAGUGGAAAUGCUGGAGAGCCAGCAAAACUGAUCAGGCAAAGGUACCGUGAGGCAGCAGACAUCAUCAGCAAGGGCAAAAUGUGCUGCCUCUUUAUCAAUGAUCUAGAUGCAGGAGCUGGAAGACUUGGUGGAACCACUCAAUACACUGUCAACAAUCAAAUGGUGAAUGCUACCCUCAUGAACAUUGCUGACAACCCAACCAAUGUCCAACUCCCUGGCAUGUACAACAAGCAGGAGAAUCCCCGCGUUCCCAUCAUAGUCACCGGUAAUGACUUCUCCACAUUGUAUGCCCCUCUCAUCCGUGAUGGACGUAUGGAAAAGUUCUAUUGGGCGCCUACUCGUGAAGACUGCAUUGGCGUGUGCACAGGGAUUUUCCGGGCUGACAAUGUUCCUAGAGAUGACAUUGUCAAGCUUGUUGACACUUUCCCUGGUCAGUCCAUUGACUUCUUUGGUGCUAUAAGGGCCAGAGUUUAUGAUGAUGAAGUGAGGAAAUGGGUCGCCAGUGUGGGGGUAGAAAGUAUUGGUAAGAGGCUUGUGAACUCAAAAGAGGGUCCUCCGACUUUCAAUCAACCGAAGAUGACUCUUGCGAAGCUGCUUGAGUAUGGAAACUUGCUUGUGCAAGAGCAGGACAAUGUGAAGAGAGUCCAAUUGUCUGAAAAGUACUUGAAAGAGGCGGCUCUAGGAGACGCCAACGACGAUGCCAUCAUGAGUGGAAAUUUCUAUGGGAAAGCAGCCCAACAGGUUAACCUGCCUGUCCCUGAAGGUUGCACUGAUCCAUCUGCAGCAAACUAUGAUCCAACCGCGAGGAGCGACAACGGAAGCUGCCUGUACCAAUUUUAG